GGCUGGCGUGUCUUCCCAUUUUCUGACAGUCGCCUCUGUGUUUGUCAUUACAUCAAUGGCCACCUCUUACUUGAGCUAACUUCACCUUUAUUUAUGCGAUGCUCCGGGUCCUCCUCGACCAUGGCUAACCUUGGGAUUUAUGUGGCGUUGUUGAUUUUGCAGGCAGUCCAGUUUAAAGCCUGCCACGCCCUCUGGUGUAACUGCUCCACAGCCCAGUGCCUGGCAAAGGGGUCCCGCUGUGAGACGGAUGGGGCAUGUAUGGCCUCGUCGUCGAUCAUCGGGGGCGAGGAGCAGCGCAUUCGGACAUGCAUCACUCGGGACAAACUGGUACCGGCCGGUCAGCCCUUCUUCUGCCUGAGCGCAGAGGGCCUCAUGCACAUCCACUGCUGCUACACAGACUACUGCAACAGCAUCGACCUUAAAGUGCCCACUGGAACCACUGCCCCUGCUCUGGGUGGUGGGUAUGGCCCCGGGGGCAGGUGGGGUCUGGUGGAGCUGGUAGCCGUGGUUGCGGGACCUCUGUUCCUAUUCUGUGUGCUGCUGCUGUUGGGCCUGUGUCUGUACCAGUACCAGCACCGUGCCUAUCACCAUAGACAGAGGCUGGAGGUGGAGGACCCCUCUUGUGAGCACCUGUAUCUGCCCAAAGACCGCACCCUCCAGGACCUCAUUUACGACCUGUCCACCUCCGGCUCAGGCUCAGGCCUGCCUCUGUUUGUGCAGCGGACUGUGGCCCGGACCAUCGUGCUGCAGGAGAUCAUUGGAAAAGGGCGUUUUGGAGAAGUGUGGCGCGGCCGCUGGAGAGGAGGAGAUGUUGCAGUCAAAAUCUUUUCAUCCAGAGAGGAGCGGUCCUGGUUCAGAGAGGCCGAGAUCUACCAGACCAUAAUGCUCCGACAUGAGAACAUAUUGGGAUUUAUAGCGGCUGACAAUAAAGAUAACGGCACAUGGACUCAGCUUUGGCUCGUGUCUGAUUACCAUGAACACGGCUCUCUGUUCGAUUACCUGAACCGAUACUCCGUCACCACUGAAGGCAUGAUAAAACUGGCCUUGUCUGCUGCCAGCGGCCUCGCACACCUGCACAUGGAGAUACUGGGAACGCAAGGAAAGCCCGGCAUCGCUCACAGAGACCUGAAGUCAAAGAACAUCCUGGUAAAGAAGAACUGCACCUGCGCUAUCGCCGACCUGGGGCUCGCCGUGAGACACGACUCUGCCUCCGACACUAUCGACAUCGCCCCCAACCAACGAGUGGGCACCAAGAGGUACAUGGCUCCUGAGGUCCUGGACGAGACUAUAAACAUGCGUCACUUUGACUCGUUUAAAUGUGCAGAUAUUUACGCUCUGGGGCUGGUCUACUGGGAGAUCGCACGCCGCUGCAACACUGGAGGGAUCUUGGAGGACUACCAGCUGCCGUACUUCGACCUGGUGCCCUCUGACCCCUCCAUCGAGGAAAUGAGGAAAGUCGUGUGUGACCAGAAACUCCGACCCAACAUCCCCAACUGGUGGCAGAGUUAUGAGGCCUUGCGGGUUAUGGGUAAAAUCAUGCGUGAGUGUUGGUAUUCAAAUGGAGCAGCUCGGCUUACUGCUCUGCGCAUCAAAAAGACCCUCUCCCAGCUCAGCGUCCAGGAAGACAUCAAGGUCUAAACCCGAGGUACCCAAUGUGUCUGCCAAGCAUCGCAAAUGCACUGGAACGACUAAAGCAAUGGACUCUUUUAUAAGGAACUGACAGAGAUUGCACAAAGUCAAAGAAGGACGUGAGAGACUGUGGCACAUGCAGAACCAGUCAAAGUUUGGACACAACUCCCUAUUAGUUUUACAUAGGAAAAUGAUUCAUCUGAGGGCGCGAUUAUACUUCUCCUUUUCUGGACCUGGUUUGAGACCAGUUCUAGACCAAAAUCCUAAUGUAGAUUUGGUCUGGUCCCGUUCUAGUUCUGAUUUAGUCCUGGUCUAGUCCAGUUUUAACAGUUCAGGCUUAACAGUUUAGUCUCAAUUUUGAUGUAGUUAUAGUACAAGUGUUAACACACCCAUAGUCAAUAUAUUAGGUUCUCUUUCAGAAUGGACUUUUGCUGUCACGGUGAUGCUAACAACAACUAGCAUGCAAAUGCACACUUCCUGAUUGUCAGACAAUAAAACAUUUUAUAAUUGGAUGCAGACAGUACACAGCGGACUUACCUCAAGAGCUGCUUAUACAAAAUAUCUGUACUGGAGCAAGACACAUUUUGUCUAGAUAUGAAAAAAUAUGAAUACUUUUUUUUACACACGGGUGUUAGUGCACAUUACUUACUAUACACUAAUAAGUGCUUUUUAAACACUACCCAAUACCAGAUUAACCACUAGGACUAGACCUGUCAUGAUAACAAAAAAAUGUAAAUACCAUAUAUUGUUACAGAGAAGUAUGGAGAUAAAUGAUAAUAUUGAAACUACUUUAUGCCACUAUCACAAAACAAAAUAAUCCCAGUAAAUUUAAAAUUAGUUAUCAUUAUAAGAUCAGAGCUGCAAGAAGUAAAUAAUCAGCCAUAGAAGUUAUUUAUUUCACCCUCUAGAGCUCAUAAAAAUGGCAAGAGCCUGCCCACUAUUGCAAAGAAAUGGUACACAAGAUAAAUAUUGAGUCCCAAAAUAUAUUGUUUCAUCUUUCAUAUUGUUUCAUCACAGUUAGUGAUUAAGUGAUGUGGUCCCUAAACUAAAGUGCUACCAGAAUGACCUUUUAAAAACAUGAAUUUUUAAUGGGUCACCAUGCCACAGAUCAGACUUGUAACAUGGCCAGGCCUAACUAGCACACAAUUUACCACUUAGUUAAUGAUGAAGUGAUGCAGUCUCUAAACUUAAGUGUUGCCUAAACACCUUUUAACAGAUUAAUUUUUUGCCUUUUUAAAACGCAAAUUCCAACAUAGAAAUCUGACCUGCUCAAUUGUAUUGAAUUUUAGACUAUUAUAAUGCCACAUGAAUGCACCCUAUAACACUACAAACAGGAUGUGAGCAACAACUUGAAAAUUACUGAUGGGGGGGAAAACUGUGUCUUAACUUUCGACUGGUGCUAAAAACUGUAAAAUAUUUAAAUUUUUAUUUAAACCACUCCUGCCACUUUCGAUGGUUUCCGAUGAACCCUACCUCGCUUACCCAGCCAAACAAGCACCUUUUUGUCCUCAGCUACUCCUGCCCAAAACCUGAACCGAAUCUUCUGUUUUUACACUACUGAAAAUGUACCUUGGACUUUUUGUACUUGUAUGCAAUCAAUAGCAGGAUAUGUGAUUAACCUAAUAAUGGGGUAUUUCAAGAAGUAAGGCUAUGUCAAGUUGAAGUUUUGUUUGAAUCUGGAGUAUCUUAACUUAUCCUGACCUUAAAACUUUUUACUAUAAUGCAUACAGGUUUAAAGACACCUUAAAAUUCACAAAGCAUCGAUCUAAGCCAGUUAUUUCAGUCUUUUUAAGCAUCCAAGACAUUUACUGCAAUUUUUACAUAGCGUUGUAUUGCCAUUCACCACCAGAACUGAACCAGAGACCAUCUAGUUCAGGGAAAUAUGCUUAAUUUGCUCAGAAAUUCCUGAUAUAUCUCACAGUUAGGGGUAGGCAUAGGAUAUUGAAAAUUGGAAAUAAUUGCAAUUAACGAUAAUAGCAUAAGGAUUAUUAAAAUGGCUGACUGUUUUAAAAUGUCACAGGAAAAUAAACUGCUACACUUAUACACAGUAGUUUCUAGAGAUUGUGAAAAAAGUGAAAAACGGCAAAGAUCUUGAACACAAAAUUUUGAAUAAGUAGAUUUUGGUUGCAUAAUCUGGUACAAAGGCAAUUAUCUCUUUGGACUAGUUUCUUUAAAAAAAAAAAACAGUUUGAAUGGGACAAAAAUUGAUCAAUAUAUCUGUAAUUAUCCCUAUGACAAUAUUCAGACAGGCAUGAACUGAACUGUAAAAUGUACCAAUGCUUAUUUUUGACUCCAUACACCUGGAGUAUUCCACAAUUUUCAAAUUAAAUAUAAAAAUUUGAUAUAGAAUUUUUGUAUUAAGCGUUCUUAGAGCCUACUUCCUGAAAUACCCCCCUAUAGUCUUCAGUCACUGUAUUGUUCUACACAGAAUUUUGUCUCCGUAAUGGUAGUUAGUUUCGUUGGGAUGUUUUUAACUUAUUUUGAUAUUGUUGUGGAUAUAUAAAUAUUAUGGGUGUAGUGUACUUUACUUUGUGCCAUGCGUUUACCACAGAGGGGCUAUGAAGAAAUCCUUAAAAGGGCAAAUGAAUCGCCACUGUUGUGAAAUAUUAAAAUGAUCACAUUCAUAUAUGGAAAGCAUUGGGGACAGAGGAGGAAGUAUAGUCUGUAAAUGAGGUUUUGAAAGAUUAGAAUCACGCCACAAAAACAGUUUUACUAAUCUAACUAACUAUAUCUUUCUUGUCAAAUGAACACAACUUAAUAUCAUUUUUAAUAUGCAGUUUAUGCCCUGAUUGAUUAAAUAUGAGCUGGAUUCAUAACAUCAACAUUUCUUAGCAGUUAAACAAUGAGUAGACUAGUCCUGCAAGUUCUCUACUUCAUUUUUCUUAUAAACUUUCCAAAAAAUAAGUGUUGGGAGAUGAAAUAUUCCAUACAGGCUGUAGGGUAACUACUAUAGCCAUAAAACUAAUAUAACUUUAACUGAAUUCAUAACAGCAACAUUUCUUAGGUUCUUAGGAGUUCUUUUGAUUCAGAUGAUUUCAUUAUCGUCAUUGGCAACAAAGCUGGUUAACCUUUGUUGUGCCUUUUUGAAAUUGUUAACAUUUAAUUAAUUUUAUCCACCUACUUAACCUAUUCAAACAUUCAAGACAACUUAUCUCAAAUAUUCUCCCUAUUUGGUCUCACACUUUAACUGAACAUUUGGAUAGUAUGCCCCCUACUGUUUGAUACAUGAUACUGCAUCCUUUAGUUCAUUUGAAAAAACUUAUGUCCCCAAAUCAGUCCACAAAAGGUAUAAAUUUUAUGUACCACUGCCCCAUAAGCUGUAACAAACCUCAGGACUUUUUUUUUUUUUCAUUUUCAAUAAGGCAUGAGAAAAUCUAUGGUAUGCAUCUCACCUAUGAUUGUAACGUAGUGUAGUAAUAGUUUUGAUUAGCAGCAGGUGAAGGGUGUGAGAAGUUGGACAUUGCUCUGAUCAGUUUGAUAACGAGGUACCAACGACUUACAAGAGUUAUGUAUUUAAUUAUAUGUCUAUAGGAAAUGGUUGGGACAUUGACACAGCAACUCGCUGCAAUACAAAAACAAGAGAUUUAUUAUGAAAGACUCAAUUGGGGAAAUACAAUGAUUUUUAAUAGAUGUAAAAACUAUUAAAAAUUGAACACAUGCAAAAAUAUUAAUAUACCAUAAAAGGCACUCUGAGACAUGUUCCUCUGUCACUGUGUAGUCAUAUUGAGGAAUAAUUUUAUUUUACAUUGGCGAUAUGUUACAAUUUAAAGCUACCAUCUGUUUGCUUUUUUCACCAGUACAUGGCAGAUGUGAAACUUGCCCCCCGCCUCCCCUUACCUGGCCUUUGUUCAGGCUUACCUCUGCGCUUUGGUCUUCUUCUGUCAGACCAAAUCUGGCACACUAUCAGACAGCAGUAACAUAGAUAGCAUCUAGUGGUGAGAUGUGAGAAUACAACGGGGGGUGGGUCGGCCAAUGUAAUUAUAGAUGGUAGCAAAACUCAAUGAUUUUUAGUCCAACUUUUUGGGGGAUUUUUUAGAGAAUUUUAUGUACUGAUAUUUAAGGAAUUAUAGGAUCAUUUUAUUUUGACAUUUGUUGUUUUAAUAGAGGAAACCAUUUUACACACUCCUACUCAUGUGUUGACAUAUUCCUAUUGUAAAUUAGUACUUCUUAAUAUCUCCUCUAAAAUCUAUAUUACACUGUACCUCCACUAUAUCAAACGUGCUGCAUGUGUGUCUUCUUUAAAUUUUCAGGAAAUUUGAGCACUUUACAGAGUUAUUCUUAGGUUAUAUUUUUGUCUCCACUUUUAUUUUGAAAAACGUUUAUGCAUUGUGCACUACUACUGCUGACCUCACAGCACCAAACCAAAUAUUCUUCCCACAAAAACUACUACUUUUUUAAAAAACUGAACUACUUAAAACUACUGAAAUUUAGACGUUUAGUAAACAAUUUUAACUGGAAAUUGUGAAUGUGUUUUUAAUCACUGGAAAAGCAAAACUGCAACUCUUAUAAAAUUAACGUCACUGGAAAAUCUCUGGUAAAACACUAAAUGUAAUAAUGGAUUUUUGAAUGGGUUUAUCUCACUGUGUAAAAAGGGGGUGGUGGGUCACGAGAAUGUAUUGAAUCUGCAGGUUUUUGAGGCUCUGUCAAAUUCCAAACAUGUAAAGGUGAAUUCAGGUCUUCAUGUAAAUCUAUAAUAAAGUAUUGUUGUUUUCCUAAA